UCCAACUUGGAGUCGCAACCAGACAAUGACGCCCUCCCUAAAGAAAUCUCAACCAAGGAGCUCGAUUUCUGGAUCAAAAUAUCAACCGGUGCUGCCAUCACCGUGUUGUUAGUCAUGUGGGUGCUUUGGCCCUUGCCAUUAUACCGCGACUGGAUCUUCACUAGAAGUUAUUUCAAGGGGUACGUCACUGUGGGAUUGAUGUGGUUAUAUUCUACAUUGUUGAUUAUUGGAAUAGGGCCAUUGAUUGCCGGGAGACGCACCAUUGCGUUUAUUGCAAAGAGUGUGUAUCAGGACUACAUAAAGAGAAAGUAG